AUGGGCGAUGAUGUCGACGAAGAAGCACCUUGGAAGAUCGUCACUGGCAGGACCGCAAACCAUAAGAAGCGCAACAAGUCAAUUCGCAGGCCGGCAGCGCGUCCAAAGGCGUCAGAUGGCAGAGAUGAUGCUCUGUCUCACGAGCUCUCAGGGCAGGAGACAGCAGCUUGUAUAGCAGCUCGACGGACUCACUUGAAUGCGCAAGACUAUCUCAAGAUAUUCAGAGAAUGGCUCCUGGAAACGCUGCAAAGAGCCGGCAAGAGCGACAGAGACUACGUCUUGACCUGCUUGGGCAUCGGCAGAUUCUCUCCUGCUCGAGACUAUACGGGCUCUUUAUCUGCUAUGCGAUCAGCGCAAUGCCAAUUCGUGGUCUUGCAAGAACUCGUCACUCUGCUCCGACCGACAUGGCCGGUACGCGUCGUUGACCCGGCCCUUGGAUCAUCAGACCUGCGCUACAUCGAGUCGCUCGGCUGGGAAGCGAGUACAGACCUACAAGAGCAUCUCAACCCACGCUACUGCUGCCAUCCGCCAGGCGAUGCACAUACAAGCAACCCUGUUCAUUUCGUCUAUAUGCCUCAUUGCCCGCGACUGCUUCACGACACUUGGCUCGGUCAUUUCGCAGAUCAAGGGCUACUCGAGCGAUCGCUAUGGCUUUGUAAUGAUCUGGCGCAUUAUCUGGACGGGACAGCAAAAGACAAGUCCGUCAUACCUCGUCUUUGCGCAUUGGUGCCAUCCUUGCAGAGCUCGCCACAGCCCACCGCGCCAAAAUACGAGACGACGGCCUUUUCUGAUACUAGGCUGCACUGGACCAAAGAGCUCGGCUUGAGCUCACUAGCAAAGUCGCAAGCCUGUUUGUGUAUGACGCCUGCGCUCGUUUGGCUAUGGCUCGCUCUGAUACUCUUGCGAGCGGUACUGGCGGCGAGAACGAGGUCGCAUGCGCCUGCGAUUGCUGUUGACGACCAUGCAACCGGACUCCUGGUGUCCUAUUCGUCCAUUGCGGCAAUACAUGAAGAAUGGCCAGCGAUUGUUCCCAGAGCGGCAAGCGGCCAUAAGCAGCACAGCACACCAAAGUCUUGCGAAUCGACCGCUCUUGCAAACGCAGCCAAAGUUGCGCACAGAUAUGGCUACGACCCUCAGCCGACCGACUUUGAGCUCUUCAUCGAAGCAUCUGCACUGUGCUCUCGUGUUGGGUUCAUGAUCAUCGAUGACAACUCGCAGGCUUCUGUGGUCAUGACCAUGUCUCCUGGUAACCUAGAGAACGACUUUCAGCCGAGUGUCAAAUUCAGCUUUGCGGAAGGCCUAUGGAGAGCCUAUGUAGACGAGACGUGGUCGGAUGGCUCGACCGAUUACAACCUCGCUCGCGUCGUCGUCGGAUGGAAGACAACGACUUGGCAGGCUAUGUUCGCGCCAGCCCACGAGGCAGCCCUUGGGCACUGCUGCGCGGGCUAUCUAGAUUUCACUGUCAUGCUGUCAUAUGGCCAAGGCCAAUGUGGCUACGUGAGCGCGCAAGCGCAGUCGUUUUGCAAGAUCAAGCAACCCAACUGCCACUCUGGCGCUCAUGGCUGGCCGCCGACGCAUCAAUCUUGCUUGCAGACAGGCGCGAGAGUGACUUACUUUUCGCUGUCCUCUUCGCCCGCCUCAAUCGCCAAUAGCGUGGCUUGGUGGACAGAACUGCUCAACGACUUGAACCGACAUGGCUUCUUGUCUCGCUCGACCUCAGCCGCUCAAGCCAGACCAAGCACGAGCUCGGAGAAAGGCAAAGAGCCUGCCAAGCCGAGCGGUGAUACCAUUCUGCUACAAGUAGACGACACGCUCUUGGACAAGCUCAGAUGGGACGGCGUAGGUAGACCGCUUGCGUUGCAUUAUGCUCUCGAACGAAUGCUCAAAGAGGGAAAGCUGAUGAGCUUGGCGAGCUUCAAUUCUAGCAAGGGACGCAUGCCGAGCGAUAGCGCAUCUCAGCACGAGCCCGGUCUCAGCUUGCUCUCAAGGACGUUUGCAUGGUCUUUGCAGACACUUGGGUUCAGCUCAAGUGACGAACAAGACGUCGGAUCGUCCAGCAAAUCGCGUGAGCAACGUUGGGCAGCUCUACGCGGCACUUACAUCCUCGUCGAUUCUGCACGGACUGCCCUCGCCGGUUUGCGGACAGCAGCACAAGAUGCGAGUGCAGGCUCACCCAUCGACUGUCUGUACACACGCGACGACUUCUACCAUCGCUUCUCGCUCGAGGGGCAAGAGCAGAGCUUAUCCCGGAGCGAUAUGGAUAUCAUGCUGCUAUCCCUACAGUCUUCGAAUGUGCUUGUAUACGAUGACAAGAUGGUCAAAGUCAUCUCGCGUCAAGAAGCAGACAAAGUGAUGAUCUCGGAUACCGAUAGGGGCAUACUGCAGGUCAAGAUGACCCGGAUAGCACUACAGAGACAGAUAGACGACCUCGAAAAUCGCAUCAAAGAAGCGCAAGACAAGGCUUCCGAGUAUGUUGCCAGCAAGCGUAAAGAGCUAGCAAUGUCCUACCUACGGACUAAGAAGGACCUCACUGCCUUGCUGGACAAACGAACGCGAUCGCUUGAAACGAUCCAGGCUGUACUGCUCAAGAUUGAGACUGCAGCGGGCGAUAUCGACAUUGUACGAGCGUACGAAACAGCUACGGCUUCGCUGCAGAGCUUGCUCAAGAACCCUUCGCUUGCUCAAGACCAUGUGGAGCAGACUAUGAGCAAUCUUCAGGACACCUUGGCAGACCAGAGCGAGAUAGAAGCUACCGUCCUGCAGGGAACGGAGGACGUACGGCUCGCUGCUGGGCAAGGGACGGUGGACGAGGACGAUUUGGCAAAGGAGCUCGAGAGCCUCGCGCUAGAAGAGCAAACGUCUGCCGUAACAGAACCGAGCAAAGCUGAGAGCGCUCCGACAAAGGGGGUCACGGCUGUAGAAAGGGCAGAUGCUGCGCAUGUCAGGGAAGAGGCAGCACAAGAUCGAGUUCCUUUGCCAGCAGAGUAA